AAUCAAUGAUCCAGAUCAUAGGUCUGUCUGGUCCCAUUGCGGACGGACUCUGCCCAGAGUAUCUCUAUGAUGGGACGGUUCUAACCUCGAAAUUUUCAUUCCUUUUAAGUCCCAGCCUAAAACCCUAACACCCCUUCCCAAACAAAAACUGUAAAACCCUCGUAUCUCUCUGUCGGUCUGUGUCGGUCUCUCUGAAAUGGCUACAAUCGGCGGGCGCUUCCGUGAGCUGAUGAAGAAGUAUGGAAAGGUGGCACUCGGCGUACACUUCUCUGUCUCAGCCGCUUCCAUCACCGGCAUCUAUGUCGCAAUCAAGAACAACGUCGACGUUGAGUCCCUCUUUGACAAGAUCGGCCUCUCCAGCUCCUCCAAACCAGACCCGGGCCAAGACCCACCCGCCCACUCUAUCGACGGUCUCGUCAUUGAUUACCUGCCGCCUCCCAUUCCUGAGCAUAAGAAGAAUCGGACUGCCGAAUUGGCGGCUUCGAGCGGAGGUGCGCUUGCGCUGGCAGUCAUCUGCAACAAGGCCCUAUUCCCUGUCCGGGUCCCAAUCACCAUCGCUCUGACUCCAGCAGUCGCGAGAUUCUUGGCACGGCGGAGGAUCAUUAAGAACAGUGUUGGAUGGUACACAAACAUCAGUGGCCCCAGCCAACUCGAAUGUACCAGAACUUCCUGUUCAAUGAGAGAUACGUUGAUACUCUGGCAAAAUGUGAUGGACGAUUGCAGGCAAUUCUAAAUUACCAGAAAUUGCAAACUUGAACGCAAAUAAUUUCAAUUAAAUUGGUCGAAAUUAUGAGAAUCAGUUUAGAUUAAACCAGAAAUUACUCUUAUUUAUUAGUGUAGCUAAUGAAUGAGAAUCAUUAAGUAGUUAUAUCAAACCGUAAGACUAAAUCAUGCCCAAACACACUAAAUCCAAUAAAUAAAAAUUCUUACACUUAAAAAGAAAAAAAAAAAUACAAUAACUAGCUAAUAAUCAAUGCUUCCAUCAGUUUACUUUUGAUGGCCUAAGUCAUACACCCCCACAGUGUGCAAAUAUACCAUUGCAUAUAUUCUAGCCCAAAGCUAAUAGAAAAGAUAAAAAUGUCCCAAAGGUUGUUAGGUCGUUUCUGUUUAUUUUAUAUAUAUAUAUAUAUAAGAGCCUUAUAAAUAAUCUAGGCCUUACAUCAAUUAUAAAUUUUGGGCUAAAUGUUAUAACAUCAGUCAUAUAAUUUUAUUUAAAGAAAACAUGACUAAAAUAUCUCUUUUUUUACAGUGACACAAGCAAUGAAAAAAAUUAAAAUUCAUUAAAAAAAUAAUAAAUAAUAAAU